AUGUCGCUCGCCACUGUUACCGAGCUGGCCACUGACCUGCUCGACUAUGUCGACUACAGGCAGCGCAGCUUCCUGAUCUCCGCCGCCAGCAUCGCCUUCAACCCUACCUUCUGGAACAUCGUCGCCCGCAAAGAAUACCGCACGCACUUCCUAACUCGCGCCUUCGGUGGUAACGCCCAGCGAGCAUGCUACUUCCUCGCGGCGACCAUCUUCUCGCUCGGCCUCGUCCGGGACUUCCUGUACGAGCGCGCCCUGCGCGACCAGCCGACACAUCCGGCUCUGGAGGCGCCGCACGUGCAGUACGCGGCGUACGCCCUGCUGGCCGUGGGCAACAUUCUCGUCUUGUCUUCGACCUACCAGCUGGGCAUCACAGGUACAUUCCUGGGCGACUACUUCGGCAUCUUGCUGGAUGACAUCGUGACGGGGUUCCCGUUCAACCUGAUGAAUGCACCCAUGUACUAUGGGUCGACCAUGAACUUUUUGGGGACAGCGUUGUUGUAUGGGAAGCCGGCUGGCAUUGUGCUGACGUUGCAUGUGUUGGUCGUAUAUUUGGUCGCGAUUCGGUUCGAGGAUAGUUUUACGGCAGCGAUUUAUGCUAAGCGCGACAAGGAGAGGAAAGAGGGGAAGGAGAGCAAGAAGGAGCUUUAA